GGCGUGGACGACAAGUGAUCGCUGUUGCUAAGACUGCUGACGUAAUUUUAAUGAUGCUGGAUGCGGGCAAAUCUGAUCAACAACGUCCUCUUUUGGAAAAGGAAUUGGAAAGUGUUGGAAUUCGUUUGAAUAAACAACCACCUCAUAUCUAUCUUUUUGAACAGAUUGGGGGAGUCAAAUUCACUCAUACCACUCCAUUGACACAUUGCAAUGAAAAGAUGAUUAUGACCAUCUUGCAUGAAUACAAAAUUUUCAAUGCAGAUGUGGUAUUUCGCGAAGAUGCGACUGUGGACGAGUUCAUUGAUGUUAUUCAAGGAAAUCGUGUUUAUAUACCUUGUAUAUAUGUAUACAAUAAAAUCGAUCAAAUAUCUAUCGAGGAAGUCGAUCGCUUAGCAAGAGAACCUCGAACCCUACUUCAUAAGUGUACCUACUGUUUUAUGUAGAA